AUGCCUUACAAAAGUCGAUACCCAGAUAUCGACAUACCAAAAUGCAACAUCCUGUCCUACGUGUUCCCAGAAUCAGAGAAACCCUCCACGAAGCCAGUAUGGAUCGAUGCCGCCAAUCCAGACAACAGCCUCUCCCCGGCACAAAUGUUGUCAUGGGUCAAGCGCUUCGCCGUUGGCCUGGACAACCUCGGCGUGCCCAAACACAGAGCCGUCAUGGUCUACAGUCCUAAUCACCUUUACGUGUCUAUGGCCUACCUUGCCGCCGCCGGGUCAUGUCGGAUGUUCACCGGCGCGAACCCCACCUACACAGCCAACGAGGUCGCCCACCAGAUCAAGACGAUCGAAGCCGCUCUGCUCUUCGUCCACCCGGAUCUCCUCGACAACGGCGUCAAGGCCGCCAAGCAAGCCGGCCUGCCCCUGUCCAGCGUCUACCAGUUUUCCGCAACCGAGCAACCACCUUCUCCCGACGGCGUCAUGGACUGGCGCACCAUGGCCGCCUCUUCCGCCGCCUCACAUUCAUGGACCUGGGACCCCCUCACCGGCACUCCCUCCACCAAGACCAUCUGCUGUGUCAACUUCUCUUCCGGCACCACCGGCCUCCCCAAAGGCGUCUGCAUCACGCACCACAACCUCAUCGCCAACAGCAGCCAAGCCAUCUACAAUAAAUACCACGGCACGGACCGCACGCCCGACAACCCCGACCCGGACGAGCGCUGGCUCGCCAUGCUCCCCCUCUACCACGCCUACUCGCAGCUCUUCACCAUCAACAUCGCCGGCAAGCUCAAGAUCCCCGUGUACAUCAUGAGCAAGUUCGUCUUUGAAGACUUCCUGGCCUGUAUCGAGAAAUACAAGAUCACGACCCUGCAGACCGUGCCGCCCGUCAUCAUCAUGCUCUCCAAACGACCCGAGACGCAGAAAUACAACCUCACGAGCGUCAAGCACAUUUUCUGCGGCGCCGCGCCGCUGAAAAGCGAGUUGCAGAACGACGUCUCGCGGAAAUUGGGCUGUGUCAUCGGGCAGGGCUGGGGCAUGACGGAGACGACGUGCGCGGGCAUCCUGACGCCUGGCUUCGUCAAUGAUGAUACUGGCAGUAUCGGCUGGCUGCUGCCGAAUACCGAGGCGAAGCUCAUAGACGAGGAGGGCAAGGAAGUCACCGGCGACGGCGCGCGGGGCGAGCUACUGCUACGGGGCCCGCAGAUCAUGCUGGGCUACUGGAAGCGGGAGGACGCGACGAAAGAAUCCAUCGACGCAGAAGGGUGGUUCAGGAGUGGAGAUGUGGCGUUGUUGGAGGACCGCGAGCAGGGCCAGCGCUGGUGGAUCGUGGACCGCAUGAAGGAGCUAAUCAAAGUUAGGGGUCUGCAGGUCGCGCCGGCGGAGCUGGAAGCCGUGCUGCUGGGGCACCCGGAAGUGGCGGACGCAGCGGUGGGGGGCAUGACUGUCGAUGGAGACGAGUAUCCGAGGGCGUACGUGGUGCUGCAGCAGGGCGCGAAGGUAACGGAAGUGGAAGUGCAGAAAUUUGUGGCCGAACGGGUGGCGAGGCAUAAGCAGUUGACUGGGGGGGUGGCGUUUAUCGAGGAGGUGCCGAAGCUGCCGAGUGGGAAGAUUGUGAGGAAGCUGAUGCGGGAGUGGGCAAAGAGGGAUGCACAGGAGUUUGGGGGAGGGGCGAAGGCGAAGAUGUAG